AUGGCUAUAUGCUCAACAGAAAAUGCCAACUUCAUUGCCCUUCUUGUUUAUGUAGACGAUAUUCUAGUUUCCAUUCCAGACUUGAAACUCAUUACUAAGCUAAACAACUUCCUCGAUGAUGCUUUUAAAAUCAAGGACUUGGGUUUCCUCGAAUGCAAGGCAGUAGCCACUCCUAUGGUACUUGGAAAUUCUUUAAGGCAUGAUGAUGGUACCCCUCUCAGUGAAGCCGGCAGCUAUAGGAGAUUGGUUGGGCGACUGUUAUACCUCACGACGAUGAGAUCGAAUAUCGCCUAUGCUGUCCAUAACCUCAGUCAAUUUGUUGACGCACCAACUGAUAAACACUUGAUCGCUGCUCAUCGUGUGUUGCGUUAUAUCAAAGGUGAUCCUGGACAAGGCUUGUUCUAUCCAAAAGGAGGUGACUUGAAUGUCAGAGUCUUCUCCGAUUCGGACUGGGCAUCCUGCUUUGAAACACGAAAUUUGGUUACCGGCUUCUGUGUAUUCCUUGGCUCAGCUCUUGUUUCCUGGAGAUUAAAGAAACAAGCCACCAUCUCUAGAUCCUCCGCAGAGGCAGAGUAUCGGGCCUUAGAUGCUACUACAUGUGAGGUUCAAUAG